UUGCAAAGAAGACAUAAAUGGCAAACGAUUUUCGAAAUAGCCUCGCCUGUGAUAUUUUCAUUGUUUUUAAUACUAAUAAGAUGUCUUGUAAAUCCAAGUGCAAAACCAGAUAUUGUAUAUCAACCAUUUCUCCCAACCUACUUUAACAUAAGUGGCAGAACGUUAGGAAAUCUUACCACAGCAAAAAGAGAAGGAACUCUAGCAUUUUCACCUGAAAAUCCACUGACACGGAAAGUAACAGAAGAUGCGAUGGCAAUGGUCGCACUGGAUAAUCUCAAUGGCCUUUUGGCUUUGUUAUUUGACACCAAAAUGUUACCACAGCCAAAAGGUUUUAAAAAUUCAAGUGAUUUAGAGAAAGCGCUAACUCAGCCGAAUGUUAUGAAUCACAUUUUGGUUGGCAUUCAGUUUGAUGACAAUAUGUCAAAUGCAACGAGUUGGCCUGAUGAUAUAUCUGUUACACUGAGAUUUCCUGCUGUGAUGAGAACUCCUAUGGUAGAACAUCCAUUAAGAGCUAGUUGGAGGACUAAUUUGCUAUUUCCUGUGUUUCCCCGACCUGGGCCAAGGGAACCAGAUGAUUUAUAUGGAGGGAAACUUCCAGGUUAUUCACCAGAAAUGUUCUUAGCGGUCCAACAUGCUGUAUCGCAGGAAAUAAUAAAACAAAAAUCAGGAAAAUCAAUCAACACAAAAGUAUAUCUUCAACGUCUACCUCAGAUUGCAUAUAGAGAAGAUGAUUUGUUAAUAGCUUUAGAGAGAUUUAUAUCUAUGAUAAUUAUGUUAUGUUUUGCAUACAGCUUUGUUAAUACAGUUAGAGUUGUAACAUCUGAGAAAGAGUUGCAACUAAAGGAAACAAUGACCGUUAUGGGGCUGCCCUCAUGGCUACAUUGGCUUGCAUGGUUCAUCAAACAGUUUUCUUUUCUAUUUAUAUCUGUUAUUCUUAUGGUAAUAUUAUUUAAGACUCCUUUCAACUCAACAGCAGCUGGUGACAAGUAUGCUGUUCUGACAUUUACACCAUGGUCGGUUUUGUUGUUUUUUAUGGUGCUAUUUGUUAUAGCCUCAUUGGCAUUCUGCUUCAUGGUCAGUGUUUUCUUCUCAAGAGCGAACACCGCCGCUUCAUUUAUGGGUCUUGCGUGGUUUUCUACCUACUCUGUGUUCAUGCUGACCCAAGUCCUAUAUGAAGAUAUCAGUUUGUCCACUAAGCUUUUGUUGAGUUUAAUUUCUAAUACGGCCAUGGGAUACGCAUUUCAAAUGAUUAUUAUAUGCGAAGGCACUUCUAGAGGGUUACAGUGGAAUGAAUUUUUUACUUCGAUAUCUUACCACGACCAGUUUCAGCCGGGGCAUGUCGUUCUUAUGUUAAUACUAGAUACAAUACUCUAUAUGUUGAUAGCAAUGUACGUAGAGAAAAUUAGGCCUGGAUUGUACGGAGUGCCAUUGCCUUGGUACUUUCCUUUCACCAAAAACUUUUGGUGGCCCAAUAAAAAGAAAACUGCAAGAAUAACCAAGAAGGACGGGAUUGACACGGAAUAUAACGAUGCUCUUUUACAAGUCGUCCACGAUGAAGAACCAAAAGGUGUUCCGAUGGGUAUUUGCAUAGAGAAUCUCACUAAAAUAUACAAAGGUCGAAAAAAGGCUGUAGAUAAUUUAAAUCUCAGAAUGUACGAGAAUGAAAUAACAGUGUUAUUAGGUCACAAUGGCGCCGGAAAAACAACCACCAUUUCUAUGCUGACAGGUAUGAUUCCACCCACGUCUGGAUCCGCCUCUAUUAACGGGUAUAAUAUUGUGACUGAAACGGAGCUUGCUCGCAAAUCUCUUGGUAUUUGUCCACAACACAACGUCCUUUUUCCUGACCUCACUGUCGCCGAACAUAUUAUAUUUUAUUCACGGUUAAAAGGUGUGCAUAAAAACAAAAUCCAAAAUGAAGUCGACCAUUUUGUUAAGCUUCUUGAAUUAGAAGCAAAGAGAGACGUUGUGUCAAAAAACCUAUCGGGCGGUCAAAAGCGUCGAUUAUCAGUUGGUGCUGCUAUGUGCGGUUCUUCGCGCGUAGUUUUACUGGAUGAACCGACAUCAGGGCUGGAUCCUGCUGCAAGGAGAUCCUUAUGGGAUUUGCUACAAAAAGAAAAGAAAGGACGAACGAUGAUUUUGACAACGCACUUCAUGGAUGAAGCUGACGUAUUAGGCGACAGAAUCGCCAUCAUGGCCGGUGGGCGCUUGCAAUGCAUCGGAACUCCUUACUUCCUUAAAAAGCAUUACGGUAUCGGCUACAAGCUCACCAUUGUGAAGACUGAAGAGUGUAACGUUGAAAAUGUCACGACUUUCUUUAAAAGCUUUGUGCCGGAUAUCAAAGAAAACACUAAUAUAGGUUCUGAGUUGACAUACAUAUUGUCCAAUGAACAGGUUAGUAAGUUUCCUGACAUGCUCAGGGAAUUUGAGGAAAAACGAGAGUCUAUGCAUGUAUCCAGCUACGGUCUGUCGGUUACUAGCCUCGAGGAAGUCUUUAUGAAAGCUGGUGUAGAAGAUCAUUCGGAAGUGUCUUCGGGCAAAAAAAAUAAUCACGUCAGUAUGAACGACUGUGCAGUUGUACCUAUAGAAGUACAUCAAAACAAUAUAGUGUCAAACGAACCAAUACAAAAAGUUAGAGGAUUUCGAUUGCUUAGAAACCACAUAAAAGCAAUGUUCCUAAAGCUCAUUCACAACACAAUGAGGAAUAAACUUGCAGCUUUUAUCCAGUUCGUUACUCCUAUCAUUAACAUAACGCUAUCGGUAAUAAUAGCUCGAUCCUGGAAAUUCUUAUCACAAUUGCCACCAUUGGAGUUGAGCUUAGAGAAUGGCUAUAGAGCCACGGAGACUUUAAUGUCUCAAGGUAUGAAUUUAACUGAGGGUAGUCUAGAAAACAAAGCCAUGUUAGCAUACAAAGAUUACUUCAAAUCCUCCACGAAAGCUGGAAUGAAGAUCAAUGACCUGGGGACAAUGAAUUUGGGAAAAUUUUAUAUGAAACUCUGUGAGGCAGACUUGUCUCGUGUGCGCUAUGAAAACCUGAUAGGUGCCACAUUCGCCCCGCAUCGCAUAACGGGUUGGUUUAGCAAUUUUGGGUAUCACGACUCGGCCGUCUCGCUCGCCCUCGUAAACAACGCAAUAAUGCGUGCCCUGUCACCCGGCAGUACUUUGCGAAUUAUAAACCAUCCUCUACCUUAUUCAAUAGAAAAUUUGGUUAGGAUCAUGGCAACAGGAAGCAGUAUGGGAUUUCAAUUUGCAUUCAACAUCGGAUUUUGCAUGGCUUUUGUUACAUCCUUCCUUGUCCUUUUUGUGAUAAAGGAACGCGUAAGCGGUGCGAAGCUGCUUCAGCGAGUGUCAGGCGUACGACCGGCUGUGAUGUGGGGCAGCGCCCUAAUAUGGGACUGGGCGUGGCUGUUCUUAGUGCAUCUGUGCAUUAUCCUUACUCUCGCAUGCUUUCAGGAGAAUACGCUCUCAACUCCGGAAGAACUAGGCCGAGUCCUCCUAGUCUUAAUGGUGUUCUCGCUGGCGACUAUACCAUUACACUAUUUGGCGUCUUUUUACUUCGAGGCCGCUGCUACUGGAUUCUCAAAAAUGUGUUUCAUGAACAUUUUCUGUGGGUGCAUGCCAUUUCUUAUAACUGAGGUGUUGAGGUUGCCUGAAGUAGGCAGCCCGUACUAUGCGCAUAUAUUUGAUUGGAUAUUUUCGCCCUUGCCCAUUUACUGCAUUAGUCGAAGUUUCAGGGACAUGAGCGUGUCAUCGUUCUCGAUGCUGGCGUGCGAUGGGCUGUGCGAGCAGUUCGUGAACAUCGACAACUGCACGCGGCACACCAUCUGCCAGCACCUCAACAUCACGGUUUGUUGUAUUGAAGACAACCCGUUCUUAAAAUGGAGUGAACCGGGUAUUGGUCGCUAUUUGUUUAUGAUGGCGCUAGUUGGUGUGAUCUCAUUCACAAUUCUGCUUAUCAAGGAAUAUGAAGUUUUGAACAAGAUAUUUUAUAAAGAUAGUCCACACAUACCACCCCCGGUAGACUCAACAGAAGACAGCGAUGUAGCAGCCGAACGUUCUUUCGUACAACAACUUACCCGAACGGAGAUCGAACAGCAGAGUCUAGUGUGCAGGGAUCUCACUAAGUACUACAAGGAUUUCUUAGCAGUAAAUCGAAUCUCCUUUGCUGUGCACAAGAGCGAGUGCUUCGGGCUGCUGGGCGUGAACGGCGCGGGCAAGACGAGCACGUUCCGCAUGCUGACGGGCGACGCGCGCAUCUCCUGCGGCCACGCCUACGUGCACGGGCUGCCCAUCAAGUCGCGCCUGCAGGACGUCUACCGGCACAUCGGCUACUGUCCCCAAUUCGACGCACUGUUGGACAAUUUGACGGCAAGAGAAACACUCCGAAUUUUCUGUUUACUACGCGGCAUCCCAGUGAAAGUUGGAUCUACAAGAGCCCUGCAUUUGGCCGGAAUGCUCGGCUUUACAAAACAUUACGAUAAGAAGAUUUACGAAUGCAGCGGUGGCACAAAAAGAAAAGUGAGCACAGCACUGGCUCUACUGGGUGACUCGCCACUUGUUUUCUUGGAUGAACCAACCACAGGAAUGGAUCCGGCUUCGAAGCGCCUCGUGUGGUCCGCCAUUAACGAGGCGGUGAUAGCGGGCCGCAGCGUCGUGCUCACGUCUCACAGCAUGGAGGAGUGCGAGGCGCUUUGUUCGCGUCUCACUGUGAUGGUUAACGGACGCCUCUUCUGCCUCGGUCCAUUGCAGCAUCUUAAGAGCAAGUUCUCGCAAGGUUAUACGCUUAUAGUAAAAUGCAAAUCCGGUCCAGACAGAGACAAUAAUGUUGCCACCAUUAACCAACAUAUAUUAGAAAAUUUCAAGGAAGCGAAACUAAUUGAAACAUACCUGGGCAUCAGCACGUACUACAUAAAAGACAUCAACUUGCCGUGGUGGCGCGUGUUUCACAUCAUGGAGGAAGGUCGGCUGCAGUUUCCUAUAGAAGACUACUCUGUCGCACAAACCACGCUCGAACAAGUUUUCCUCGGUUUCACGAGAAUGCAAGGUAACAAAGAGUAA